CAAACAGAAGAACACCACAACAAAAAAGUAAGAGCACUUGCGCUUACGCUUAGCAGCAAAACUAGCAACUACUGUAGUGCUGCUGCUCCUUAGAUGAGAUUACUGGUAGUAGUUAGCGCUUAGCACUCAGCUAAGCCAACCACGCGGCAGCAAUUGGUUUCCAGAAACGGCAGCAAUUGCAACUUCUACUGCUCCAUUUCAGGAUGCAAUUCAGAAGUUAAAGUUGCUCAAUUAUCUGGAUUUCUUAUGGCUUUUCUUCGCAAAGAUCCAUCAUCCCAAGCUAAUCAGACAGAGAGACAAGAGACAGAGAGACGAAAAGCUAAUUCUUGUAGUAUUUUGAAUUGAAGCAGAGUAUUGAAAUGGUGGGAGGAGGAGGAGGAGGAGCAUCUCGGAAAUUGAAGAAGGCCGCCAAGAAGAUACUUUCCCAAACAUGCGCCUCCUUUUCCUGGACCACCACUUCUAAUACCAGUACAAACCAAACCUCCCAUGUCAAUGUCCUCCCCGACACCCCCUCCAAUGCUCUCCAUGUAUCUUCCGAUUCACCCUGCUGCUACCUUUUUAAGCCCGCAAUUACCUCUCCGCGCCCAAUCUGCUCCAAUGGGACCUCAGACCAAGCAGUUUCCACCACCAACACUACUAUUUCUGCUAGUAAGAGCAUUUGUACGAUCUGUCUGGAUCCUUUGAAUUGCAGCUCAGGCAGCAACCCGUGCCCAGCUAUAUUCACUGCACAAUGCUCUCAUGCAUUUCACUUUGCCUGCAUCUCUUCCAAUGUUUGCCAUGGUAGCAUGACCUGCCCAAUUUGCCGUGCCCAUUGGACACAGCUUCCUCGUAAUUUAGAUUCACAUUGCUCCCUCCAAAGCAACCAGUCUGAUCCCAUUCUCCAGAUCCUUGAUGACUCUAUCGCUAGUUUUCGGGUUCACAGACGCUCCUUUCUACUCUCUGCUCACUAUGAUGACGAUGAUCCAGUAGAGCCUGACCAUGCAUCAGACCAUCAGCGUCUCCACAUCUCUUUGUUACCUUUCCAUCUAGCUCAUCCUGACAUUCACUUGUGCGCACAUACGAAUUCUGGGGUUAGUGUAGGUCAUUCUCGUGAUAUUUCAUUACAGCAUCAAUUGACUAGUCCCUCACAUUUGAUGGUACAAUCAUCACUUGUACCAGCAGAGCAUCCUGCCACAGCUGGACAGUACCCUUUUGCUUGUACUUCAACAAGAGCUUAUCUUUGUGUAAGAUUAGAACAUCAACCAGCAACUGAUUUGGUCUUAGUUGCCAGCCCCAACGGGCCACACCUGAGGCUUAUGAAACAAGCCAUGGCAUUGGUGAUCUUCUCACUGCGAGCCGUGGACCGUUUGGCCAUUGUCACCUACUCUUCUGCGGCUGCACGUAUGUUUCCCCUCAAGCGCAUGACUUCCUAUGGGAAAAGAACAGCAUUACAAGUCAUUGAUCGGCUUUUUCAUACAGGACCUGCAAAUCCAAUUGUAGGCCUAAAGAAAGGGGUGAAAGUACUCAGUGAUCGUGUCUACAGAAACCCGGAGUCUUGUAUUCUGCACCUCUCGGAUGGUCCGACCAGGUCCUACCAUAGCUUCAGCACAGAAGUUCCCGUGAGAAUAUAUCGCUUUCAUGUAGGGUUCGGUUUCGGCACUUUGAAUGGAUUUGUCAUGCACGAGUUUGAGGAAUUUCUUGCCAGAAUGUUGGGCGGGGCAAUCAAGGAGAUACGGCUAAAAAUCAAGGAGGAUGCUCGGGUUAUAAAGCUUGGAGAACUAAGGGGUGGUGAAGAAAGAAGGAUACCACUAAUAUUGCGAAAAUGUGGGCAUGUCUGCGUGGAAUAUAGCUACGUUGACAGUGGAAUUGAUGAAUGCAGCAAGACUGGGGAAAUUGUAGUCGGGAUUCCAGAUCAAAGUGAAAGGAAUGACGGCUUAGAUUCUGUUGCGAGCAUGGGUGGGAGGACAAGCAGUGCGGAGAGCUGGGACUACCAUGACUCUUUCAUGGCUAGAAGAUGGGCCAAGCAUUUGCACGGAAACAGGCCACUGUAUCCUACCAUAUAUUCAUCAUAGCUUCAAACCCCACAGUCAAUCCAAGUAUCAAACUCAAAACAUUUUCAUUUGCGGAUUCAUUCUCUUGUUUGGCCAGCUAAGAGUAUUAUCAAACCGUCAAGUAUUACUCCUUUAAUGGGGCCUGUUGACAUGUUGCCUGCAUGGGGGGAGUGGGAUGACAAGCAGAGAAUAGGUGUUGAGGAACAGCUGAAACACUUGCUUGCUUUCGACCAACAUGCAUUUUCCAUAUACAUAUAUUUAUUUUUGUAAGAAGGGAAUUGCUACCAUUUAAGUUGGGUUAAUAGCAUUAAAGCCCCUCAACCUUUUUUUUUUUGGAGUGAUUUACACUUUGCCCCCUAACAUUAUUUUGUAAGCACUUUACCCACUCUUUCUUUCAAAAUCAUGUUUGACUAUUAAAUAAUAGAUGAAGUUCCAAUA